UUAUGGAGGUCUUAAGUUAUGUUAAUGGUGAUGCCAAUGAUUCUGAAGUUCCUUUGCUCACGAACAACAACACUACAAAUGGUCAUGGAGUAGAGAAAAACACUAGUAGUAGUAGUGAUUUUGUUGAAGGUGUGGUUGAUUACAAAGGAGAUAAAGUGUUUGAUAGAUCAAAAUUUGGAGGAUGGAAAUCUGCUUCUUUCUUGACUCUAAUUUCAGUUGCGGACGCAUUUGUUUCCUAUGGAAUGAUUAUAAACCUCAUCAGCUAUCGUACUGGUCCUCUCCAGCAAUAAACUCUUUCUGCAGCACAGAAUAUCAACAUUUUGGUUGGAGUUACAUGGAUGGUUCCACUCUUCACUUCACUCUUCGUUGAUUCUGUUCUUGGUCGAUUCCGUACCAUCUUAUUCUCUUGUCUCAUCUACAUAAUGGGAUUCGGAUUCUUAACAUUAUCAGUCCUGCAUCCUUACUUAAAGCAAAGUGACUGCGUUAACAAAACCCUGUGCAAUUCUCCAUCUUCUUUCCAAGUUCUUUUCUUCUACAUAUCUUUGUAUCUCGCCUCCGUUGGGGGUUCAGGAUUUAGAGUAUGUGCACGGGCAUUUGGUGCUGACCAAUUUGAUGAGACCAAUUCAGGCGAAUGCAAAUCCAAGAGCUCAUUCUUUAAUUGGUGGUGUUUUGCAGGUAGUAUUGGGAUUAUCUUUUCUCACUUGAUUUUGAACUGUAUACAGGAUAACAUGAGUUGGGCAAUAGCAUUUGGCAUUUCAUGCAUCGUCAUGAUGGUUGCAUUAACUGUCUUCUUGCUCCGAAUGCAUACUUUUCGCUUCAAUGUCAAACAAAAUAAUACAGACGCAAUAUUGGACAUAAUCCAAGUUUUUGUUGUUGCCGAAAAGAACUGGAGAAGCAAGCCUAGCAUCGACCACGAGCAGGCAGUAGGAACUGCAUAUCAUACUCCUUCCGGCUCUCAUCAAUUCAAGUUUCUAGACAAAGCGCUUAUUGGUUUUUCGAAAAACCUCAUACCGUGCAGUAUUAGUCAGGUCGAAGACGCAAAGGUGCUAUUACAGUUGGUUCCAAUAUGGAUAACAUGUUUGAUCUAUGUUGUUGUGUCUUCUCAAACAACGACUUUCUUCACUAGGCAAAGCAUAACCCUGGACAGAUCCAUAGGACCAAAUUUCCAAAUACCAGCUGCCUCAAUUUACAUCUUUACGACCUUAUCUGUUGUCUUCUUCGGACCAAUCUACGAUUGUCUCUUCAUUCCACUUGUUCGAGUUGUUACCGGAAAUCCCAAUGGCAUAACCACACUUCAAAGGAUAGGUUGUGGUAUUUUCUUUUCUACAACAUCUAUGGUGGUUGCAGCUGUAAUUGAGAAGAAAAGGCUGCAAGCAGCUCUAAAUUUCGGGUUGAUAGACAAUCCGAAUGCAACCAUUCCAAUGAGUGUGCUGUGGUUGGUUCCUCAAUAUGCCUUGUCCGGUUUCGAGUCUGUUUUUACCUUGAUUGGUUUGCAAGAAUUUUUCUAUGAUCAAUCUCCAAAAGGGUUGACAAGUUUAGGUCUCUCACUUUUUACAGCAUGUACGGCAUAGGUAGCUUUCUUAGUGGCAUUCUCAUCACUGUCAUUGAGAGGGUGACCUGCGGCAAUGGUUCAUAUGGCUGGUUUGCAAACAA